AGCAUUGCAUUAUCGCGAGAAAAUCCGAAUUCUUACCAGGCCUAUAGUGUGAUUUCCUCCUACCUCUCCUUACGCGAAAUCGGCUGGUGUCAUCCUUGGAGCAUUCAUUGUUUCCUCAUUCAACUAAGACCCAAUUGGACCAAUUUGCCGUCUAUCAGUGUUUUUCCUGUGUGGAUUGGCCAACACAGAACCUCGCAGCACACCCACACACAAAUUUCACAUUGCUGCUCUGAAGAAGCUCAGUGCUGAAUCAUGGGGAAUAUUUUUGGUAAUCUACUGAAGAGUCUUAUAGGAAAGAAGGAGAUGAGGAUUCUGAUGGUUGGAUUGGAUGCAGCUGGUAAAACAACCAUCCUGUACAAACUGAAACUGGGUGAGAUUGUCACCACAAUCCCAACCAUUGGGUUUAAUGUGGAGACAGUGGAGUAUAAGAACAUCAGUUUCACUGUGUGGGAUGUUGGUGGCCAGGACAAGAUCCGACCUCUCUGGAGACACUACUUCCAAAACACACAGGGUCUGAUCUUUGUGGUGGACAGUAACGAUCGAGAGCGAGUUAAUGAAGCCCGUGAGGAACUGAUGCGCAUGCUGGCAGAGGAUGAGUUGCGUGAUGCCGUUCUCCUAGUUUUCGCUAACAAACAGGACCUGCCUAACGCAAUGAAUGCUGCUGAGAUCACUGACAAGCUGGGUCUGCACUCACUGCGUCACCGCAACUGGUACAUCCAGGCUACGUGUGCGACCAGUGGGGAUGGCCUGUAUGAAGGCCUUGACUGGCUGGCCAAUCAGCUCAAGAAUAAGAAGUGAGGGGGGUUCAUUUGGGUGUGGAGGGCUUAUUUAGGCAAAGGGGUGGGGUCUGUUGGGGUUAUGUUAUUUGGUUUGAUUUUGUUUAUUUAUUUUUGUUUUGUAAAUGUGUGGUUACUAGAGCCUUCAGAUGGUAUGUGUAAAUGGACUGCAUUCACACAUUUAGACGUAUAUGGACACAUACUCUUACGCCUAGUCAUGCAUGUAUAGACAAAUGUACGACUGCACAUAAACAUACACAAACAUACACAUAUGCACACACAUCAGUAAAAAACAUUUGUGUCUCUGCUCCUUUGUUGACCACUCUGCUUUCAGUGUAAGCUGGACAACACAGCCACCCCUCAACACAGUAAAAUAUGAAGAGAAUAUCUCUACUCAGUGUUUUCAUCUCUGUCAUUGCCUCGCUCCUGUAUUUUUCACUCCUUUUUUCUUUCUGCAUUGUCCUGUCCAUUAUGACUGUGACAUCACUGUGCUUUCUAUGCACCUGUGAAAAUCCUUUUUAUAUGCUAACUGAAGUUUGGUGACAGUAUUCCCUGUUUGACAUUAUUUCAGUCUUGUAUUGUCAGUUUGAAUUCUGUAUGGAGUAUUUUCUAUUAUGAAUUUGAUGCAGUUUGUUUCACCAUAAAAACACACAUACAUACAUAAAAUACACACACACACACACACACACACACACACACACACACACACACACACACACACACACACACACACACACACACACACUAAUAUUAAGCAGCUCUCUUCUCCUCUGUCGGUCAGUCCUUGUGUUAGUUGGAACUGUGCUUUGACAUAGUCACGUGGCCUGCUCUGGUGUUUUGCAUGGCUCACUCCUACACUGUUGUGGUUAAAGUGUUGUGGCCCAGUAGAUGGUAGACUGCAUGUCUGUGUUCUAGACAUAUAGGGCUGAUCAUUGCAUGCUGCUUUGUAGCUGUGUUGUGUUAGGAAACCGUCAUCACCAUUGCCUGGAUGGAUCAGUUAGAUUUAAAUGAGAGAAAUGUAUAUAUAGAUGACUACACAUCACAAAUGGCCAAUAGUAAUUGUAUGGGUGCAUGCCUUUGAAUACACGUACACACCACGCAGUAUUCAUACUGUUGCAGUGUGAUACAAUUGCAUUGGAAUCUCCAGGUUUAAUAGGGUUUUUCAGGUUGACAUGUUUGUGGCCAAAAGCUUUGGAAAAAAAGGUAAAUGAGUGAACGAUGAAUGGUAUUGAAAAGUGCAUUGAUAUUUGUUGACAUCAUGCUUUUGUCUGCAUGGCCUGCAUGCUAUGCUGUGGCCCCUCUAGAUAGAUAGAUAGAUAGAUAGAUAGAUAGAUAGAUAGAUAGAUAGAUAGAUAGAUAGAUAGAUAGAUAGAUAG